CGUGCAAAGUGGUGUUUGUUAGUCCCGUUUUCAAGACGAGGAGCAACGGAGCCCAGGUUCAAGUUCACUCGCUGCAAGUCUGCAGGCUGCAGCCCGGGCUGCCUGGCUCCAGAGCCCCUGCUCGGCCCUCCCCCUCGUGGCACCCCUGCCGGCCUGAGGGUGUUGUUUGUGGGAAAAAGUGGGUUUGAGAAGCAAAUUGUGGAAGCACAAACUUUAUUAAAAUAGAAUAUCCACAGACAGGUACACGCAGAGAGAUGAUCUCAGCAGGUGAGCAAGGGGGAAUUACCGCCCAGAUCAAAGCGCAGAUUGUUCUCGGUGCCCUGGGAGCCCCUGCUGUCCCUUGCCGCAUCCUGACUCCAGUCCAUGUGCAUUGGUUUCGCCUGUUUGGGGACUUUGUACAAUGAAGUCGUACUCACACUCUCUCUUCCAUCUGGCUUCUCACGCUCAGCACCCCACCCUGGGACUCAUUCAUUCAUGCCGCGGUGGAGAAUAUUCCGUUGUCUAAAUAUGCCACCGUCGGUUUGUUUGUUCUCCUACGGGUGGACGUUAAUUAGGGUUGUUUCCCGCUUGGCACCCACAUGUCUAACACGGCUGGAACAUUCUAUGCGCGUAUCUCGAUGCACGGGCCCCGCUGUGCUCUGUCUGGUGUGCACCAGGGAGUGAGGUGCUGGGUUAUGGGCGGACAGAAGAGACUGCCAAGCAGCGUUCGGGAGCAGCGGAGCCGAGGUCCAUUCCAGCAGCUUCGGCUUCCUUCCUGGUAGGAGCCGUUCUAAUGAGCGCACGGUACACCGCGCUGUGGUCUUAUUUCCCGUUUCCCUGGUGACUAACAAUGCCGCCACUCUCGACAGUAGCGUUAGAUGCUCUCUCUGAGAAAGCGCUUGCUCAGGUCUUUUGACAGCUUUUCUGUUGGAUUAUCCAGUCUUUUGCUAGUUGAUUGGUAGGGUUUUCUUAUGUUCUCCACCCGAGUCAGAUACACAGAAGUUGCAGACACCUGCCGUGCCGUGGCUCGCCUCUCAGUUCCUUAAUAGUGCCGUUUUGAACGGAGACGGCCACACUUCAGCGUUCAGACUUGUCACUUUAUUCAGAUGGGCCGCACCGCACACAUCCCGAAGAUUUGCCAUUCAGAGAGAGGUCUGGUUUUGGCGCCUUGCUGUCUUAGGCCUGAGGGUCCCUGGCCAGGCUCACUGGGCAUCUUUAUUUUUUAUUUUUUCUUAUUUUUUUAAGGAUUUAUUUAUUUUAGAGAGAGUAAGAGAGCACGAGCGGGAGGGGGAGAGAGAAUGUCCAGCAGAUUCCACAUGGCGCGUGGAGCCCGACGCGGGGCUCGAUCCCACGACCCUGAGAUCACGACCUGAGUCCAAACUGAGUCCGACGCUCAGCCGACUGCACCACCCAGGCGCCCCUCACUGGGCUUCUUUAGAUGACCCUGCAGGCCUGGGCAAGGAAGAAGAGAAGGGAAAGGACCGGAAAUGGAACGGGGGGCAGGCGGCCAGCAGCAGGGAGGUGGAGGGUGGGCCGGCAGUGGUGCUGCUCUCGGGAGGAUGAGGUGCAGGAUUCUAGAAGGUGCUACAGCCCCAGGGAACAGGUCACAGUGGCCCCAGUGCGGGGACGGGAAGGGGUCUUGGGAGCGGAGCAGGGGUCUGUGGGGUGAGGCAGUGGAUGGGAGCAUUGGGCCAGAGGCCACGCUGGGACACAAUCCUGAGGGCCAUCCCGGAGGAAGUGGUGUACAGAUCGGUGCGUCCGAGUAUGGCGUGUGGAAGGGAGUGGCAGGCGAGGCCGGGGACAGCUUCUGAAGGGACUUGCGUGCCCUGGUCUGUGGCCUUGGGAGCCCGCGGGGACUGGAGGUGAGAUAGGGCCAUAGGGACCCUUGGUUGGAUGGCGAGGGACGGGAGUAACGUCCUUGACCCUUCUUUGCUCGCAUGGAUCUGGGGGCUGGAGGGCCUGCCUCUGGCAGCGGUGGCGUCUCAAGAGGCUUUGGACUGGCUGCAGAGGACGUGGGGAGGCUGAGCCGGAGGGGAGCUCAGAGUCCUGCCCUCGGGCCACGCGCAUUCCAUGCCCACCAGGUACUUUUGUCUUUCAGGACUUCCUCCGUCAAAGACAGCAGCUUUGUGGAAAAGAUGAAGAAGACGGGCAGGAACAUCAUCGUGUUCUACGGUUCCCAGACGGGGACGGCGGAGGAGUUUGCCAACCGCUUGUCCAAGGACGCCCACCGCUACGGGAUGCGGGGCAUGGCUGCAGACCCCGAGGAGUAUGACUUGCCCCUUCCGUGCAGGCCUCCCUGACUGCUCGGUGCCCUGUCCUGAAGGAAUCCCCAGCCGACCCGGAGCCUGUGGGACGCCCCUGCCUGGCAGCUGCCCCAGGCAGGGCCUGGGCCCACCUGUCUGCAUCCCAUCAGGCACAGACCUGACGUGGCUCAGUCAGGGUUGCUGGGCCCGGGCCCCGCUCUUGUGUCCCCAGGCCGACCUGGGCAGCCUGCCGGACAUCGAGAACUCCCUGGCCGUGUUCUGCAUGGCCACCUAUGGUGAGGGGGACCCCACGGACAACGCCCAGGACUUCUACGACUGGCUCCAGGAGACCAACUUGGACCUCACUGGAGUCAAGUAUGCGGUGUUUGGUCUUGGGAACAAGACCUAUGAGCACUUCAAUGCCAUGGGCAAGUACGUGGACAAGCGGCUGGAGCAGCUCGGCGCCCAGCGGAUCUUUGAGCUGGGGAUGGGCGAUGACGAUGGGAACCUGGAGGAGGACUUCCUGACGUGGCGUGAGCAGUUCUGGCCGGCUGUGUGCGAGCACUUUGGGGUGGAAGCCACCGGAGAGGAGUGCAGCAUUCGCCAGUAUGGGCUGGUGGUCCACCCAGACAUAGACCCGGCCAAAGUGUACAUGGGAGAGGUGGGCCGUCUGAAGAGCUAUGAGAACCAGAAACCCCCCUUCGAUGCCAAGAAUCCCUUCUUGGCUGCUGUCACUGCCAACCGGAAGCUGAACCAGGGAACGGAGCGCCACUUCAUGCACCUGGAAUUAGACAUCUCAGGCUCCAAACUCAGGUAUGAAUCUGGGGACCAUGUGGCCAUUUACCCAGCCAAUGACUCUACCCUGGUCAGCCAGCUCGGUGAGAUCCUGGGUGCCGACCUGGACGUCGUCAUGUCCCUGAACAAUCUCGAUGAGGAGUCCAACAAGAAGCACCCCUUCCCCUGCCCCACCUCCUACCGCACGGCCCUCACCUACUACCUGGACAUCACGAACCCGCCUCGCACCAACGUGCUCUACGAGCUGGCCCAGCACGCCUCCGAGCCCUCGGAGCAGGAGCAGCUGCGCAGGAUGGCCUCCUCCUCGGGGGAGGGCAAGGAGCUGUACCUGAGCUGGGUGGUGGAGGCCCGGAGGCACAUCCUGGCCAUCCUGCAGGACUACCCGUCCCUGCGGCCCCCCAUCGACCACCUGUGCGAGCUGCUGCCCCGGCUCCAGGCCCGCUACUACUCCAUCGCCUCGUCCUCCAAGGUCCACCCCAACUCCGUGCACAUCUGUGCCGUGGCCGUGGAGUACGAAACCAAGUCCGGCCGCGUCAACAAGGGUGUGGCCACCAGCUGGCUGCGGGCCAAGGAGCCCGCCGGGGAGAAUGGCCGCCGGGCCCUGGUGCCCAUGUUCGUGCGCAAGUCCCAGUUCCGCCUGCCCUUCAAGGCCACCACGCCGGUCAUCCUGGUGGGCCCCGGCACCGGGGUGGCCCCGUUCAUCGGCUUCAUCCAGGAGCGGGCCUGGCUGCGGCAGCAGGGUGAGCACGUGGGCCCGGGGCGGGGUCCCGCGGGGUCGGGCGUGCCUCCCCUGCCCCUCCCCCCUUGCCCAGCACGGCCUCACCCCUGCCCUGCCACCAGGCAAGGAGGUGGGGGAGACGCUGCUCUACUAUGGCUGCCGCCGCUCCGACGAGGACUACCUGUACCGCGAGGAGCUGGCCGGGUUCCGCCAGGACGGCUCCCUCACCCAGCUCAACGUGGCCGUCUCCCGGGAGCAGCCCCACAAGGUCUACGUGCAGCACUUACUGAAGAGGGACAAGGAACACCUGUGGCAGCUGAUCCACGAGGGCGGCGCCCACAUCUACGUCUGCGGGGACGCUCGGAACAUGGCGAGGGAUGUGCAGAACACCUUCUACGACAUCGUGGCCGACGGGGGGGCCAUGGAGCACGCCCAGGCCGUGGACUACAUCAAGAAGCUGAUGACCAAGGGCCGCUACUCCCUGGACGUGUGGAGCUAGGGGCCGCCCGGCCUGCCUCUGCCCCUCGGGCCGCUGCAGACUCGCUUCCCCAUGUAAUCACUUCCCUCGCUCCCUUCUGCCAGUGUCCUGGGUAGUUUCUGCGCGGCCUCGCCCCCGGGAGGCAGGCCCAGGGACAGAGACUGGUCCGGGUCCCAGGCGCACACCGGCCCCGGGUCAAGAGUGUGUAUUUUGUAAACCCCUCAGGCCUUUGGGGGCUGUACAGAAGGGGCUCUUAGCUGAGCUGGGCCCCAACCCCCUCCACGUUAUUUUCAAUGACUGUAAAUAAUUUUAAAUGAUCUCUGGUCCUUGGAAUAAAGUUCUGUUUUCGGUA